AUGAGCUCAAAUUUUCCAAUCGAUGCAAUUCAAGAUGGGACAAACAAAGCUGCGCCAGAGUGGGCACAUCAAAAUGGAGACACUACUCUUCCUGUAGAAAAGAAACUCGACAGUUCAACACAUUAUCCAGCUCUUCCAGUGAUGGGUAAAAGAAAGGCCAAAAGGAAAGAUGAUAGCCCUCUGGAUAUCAUUUGUAGAUUCGUUGUGGACCAUCAAACUGGACUAUCUGUCAAUCUCCUGAUGCUUCUUUCCUUAACGCACAUCUGUUUUCCAAAAGCCCGCAGACAUACCCGAAAAUUCUUCGAGCUUUCUUACUAUAACCCAGAGUCUGGCGAGUACUGCGCCGGCUGGAAUGAUGCUUGGCUUGUGUUCUAUUGGAUUGUGAUCUUUACCGGUCUUCGCGCUGCUUUCAUGGAUUAUGUCUUGAGGCCAUUGGCAAGAAAGGGUGGGGUGAAGACUGCGAGGGACGAGACCAGAUUUGCUGAGCAGGCUUGGCUUAUGGUCUAUUAUUCUGUGUUCUGGUCACUGGGCAUGUACAUAUAUGUCAACUCGGACUACUGGUGGAAUUUGACUGAGCUAUGGACUAACUGGCCUAAUCGAGAGGUUGGUGGACUUCGAAAGUGGUAUAUACUCGUCCAGUAUGCAUUCUGGCUCCAGCAAAUCAUGGUUAUCAACCUCGAGGCACGUCGAAAGGACCACUGGCAAAUGUUUACACACCACAUCGUUACGACUGCCUUGAUAUUCACAAUCGCAAAUGUAAUUCUUUGUUUGAUGGACGUGUUUGCAAAAUGUCUUAAAUACCUCGGAUACGAUAAAUUAUGCGAUUUCAUGUUCGGACUUUUCAUGCUUUCUUGGGUAAUGGCCCGUCACGCUUUCUACCUCAUUAUAUGCUAUUCUGUUUGGGCCGAUAUCCCUAAGGUCAUUAACUAUGGUUGUUAUCAGGGUAAAAAUGGUUCUAUUUCUGGUCCUUUCCCGGCUCCUGAUCGCUUUGGACACCUCUUCAAGCCAUUCCAAGAUCCUGCCGGAAUCAUUUGUUGGAACAAUAACAUCAAAUGGGGAUUCCUUAGCGCCUUGUUGUUCCUUCAAGGUAUCACAUUAAUGUGGUUCUGGAUGAUUAUUCAAGUUGCUAUUAAAGUCAUCAGAGGUGGUCAAGCAGAUGAUACUCGAAGUGACAACGAAGAGGGAGAGGAAGAAAUUGAUCUGGACGAGGAAGCCUUGAACGAGGAAGUCCAUCUUUUGGAAGGAGAACCAUAUGAGGAAGAAGUGGGCGUGGAAGAACUCAACUUGAAGGGAAGAACAUCGAGAAAUAGUCGAUACAAGAAAACUACGAGCAGUGCUAGUGGUGUGAGCAUUCCAGGGCACAGCGAUAGAAAGGAACUGUUGGGCAGGAUUGGGUGUGACAAAGGCGUUUAG